CUGAUGUUUAUUUGAAAGUGUUAGCAUUUUGAUAAAAAAUAGGUUUCUAAUAGUAAUGAACAGUUCAAGAAACAUUUCAGGGUCUAAGAUGAAAAAGAAUAAGUCUAAAACAGAUGUUAAGCUUAUCUUGAACACAAAUCAAAAAAGAGAUUUGCUGGAGGCUUUUAAACUUCUUGACAAAGAAGGAUCUGGAUUAAUUACAGGUAGAGAACUAAAGGUGGCCCUUAGAGCCUUGGGUUUUGAUCCCACAGCUGCUGAUAUUAGACAGCUCGUUUUGGAACACGACCCUGAUAAUAAAGGUUUAAUCGACUUCAAAGGAUUUUUGGAAAUUAUGACACUGAAAAUGACCGAAAAAAGCGAGAAGGCAGAUCUUAUAAAGGCUUUUAGGAUAUGCGACGAUGACGAUUCGGGGAAGCUGACACUUUCAAAGCUAAAACGUGCUGCGCAACUGCUUGGAGAGGACAUAAAUGAUGAAGAGCUACAAGAAAUGAUUGAUGAAGCUGAUAAAGAUGGGGAUGGAGAGGUCAGUGAAGAAGAAUUCCUUUGGAUUAUGCGUAAAACAAAUAUUUUUUAAAUACUUUUAUAUAUUUGCAUAUUAUUUGGAAUUUAAAUACCUGAAAUCAUGAA